AUGAUUCCGAUGACAACACAGCAAUCCCCUUUUCAAUGUCACUUUCCCGGGUGUGGCCUAAGCUAUCGACGGAAGGAACAUCUGACCCGACAUGCUAAAAGCCACUUUCAAACAGAGUAUUUCGAAUGCUCCUUCUGUGAUCGAGUUUUCGCCAGGAAUGACACGCUGCGGCAGCAUGUCCGCACUCGUCAUAAAACCAAAGAGCUACAAUACUCCCGGGCGGUUCAAGCUUGUACCUAUUGUCGCUCACGACGAUCAAAGUGCGACGGACAGUCUCCCUGCGACGCGUGCUUCCAGCGAGGAAUUCAAUGUUCUUAUACUCAGAACUCACGAGGUCGGGCAUUGGAACAAAGCAGGUCUCGAAACCCCGGCACAAGUCCUACAUCUUCCGUAGGACCGGACUAUGCAUAUUCGUUUAGUUCUCCUCCGACGGAACCAGCAGGCCCUAUCCAGCGUUCAGAAAGUAUUGAGAAUAGCCCGUGUCGAAUUGCGCCAUAUGUCCAGGCUUAUUUCGAUAAGUUUCACCCGAAAUGGCCAUUCUUGCACCCAGCGACAUUCGAUCCCGAUAAUGAGCCGCCUUUUCUUGCUCAAUCAGUGGUUAUGAUGGGCUCGUGGGCGAUGAUGGAAAGCAAUACGCAACGGACCGCAAAAGACCUACAUAAGCGACUGAGCUCGUCGAUAUACGAGCAAAGAGGGAAAUGGGACAUAUCGAAUCACUAUGACGAACCACACUCGCAACAUCAUGGAAUAUCCUCUGGUUCCACACCCUGGCCGAUAGCGACAUACCAAGGAAUCCUAUUACACCUCAUCUUCUCCCUCCUCCACAACCACGACCGGUCAGAUCUACAAUUGACUCAAGUUCUCCCCGAGAUCCCCUCUCAGCUUCUCGUUUCCCUCGUCCACAGCUGUUUGAAGCGACACAUGUUCUUCUAUCCCUCAAUACUGGCCCAAUUCAAACAAGGAGUUGACCCCGAUGUUUUUAUCUGGCUCGGUAUCGAGGAAGUCAAGCGUUUUAACUUGUCUUUGUACAGGGUAUGCAGACAUGCCCGGGUAUGUGAUACUAAGCUCUUAGAAGAUGCGCCCAAUUUCAGCCCUCAACGUGGACCACGAUCACCAGCUGGAAGUCUCCUUUCUCUGACAGACCUGCAAUUUGCGGUGCCGGACAGCGAUGAGCUCUGGCAUGCUACUUCAGACUUGGCCGCGAAAAUCGCAGGAAACGAAGCCGCAUACACCAAUGAUAAUAUUGAAGACAAUUGGAUUUCUCAGACUGCGCGAGUGUUACAGCCUCAUGAUCAACAGUUUCAGUGGAUAUAA